AAGAGAAUUGACCAAUUAUACAUGCCUGUUGACUUGAGCGCGUAAUUUUUUGUUGAAAAUCAUAAAAUUGUCAUUGUAAUUUUUAUUGAGUUAACGAUAAUUGAAGUCACUAUUAUUAUUAAGCAAUUAUUAUGGAGGUGGACAUUCUUGACUUGAUUGAAGAAGAUUACGACGGUACUCAAGAAGAAUUGACUGCGCAAAAAGUACUACAGACUGUUGAACAGGCAUGGUUAAACGAAAAAUUUAGUCCUGAAAUACUACCACAUAUAUCUGAUCAUGUUGACUGCCUAUUGGAGCAAAUCAAAGAAAUGGAAGGAAAUUUGGCAAAAUUGCCAAAAUCUGAUCCAAAAGUUGACUUGCACAAACUCGAGUUGGAACGUAUACGUUUCGUAAUAACUAGUUAUUUGCGUACUAGGUUAAAGAAAAUUGAAUGUUUUUGUAUUAGCAUUUUGGAAGAAGAGGAAAAUCGUAAUUCAGAGAGUGCUUAUUUAUCACCAGAAGAAUUAAAGUUUGCCCAAGAGUUUGCACAGAAUGCUGAUAACCAUUUUGACACUGUUCUUCGUCACAUGCCUCAACUGUACAACAAAUUAGAUAGAAAUACAAAAGUUAUUGAACCCAACAUCAAUAGUUUUGUGUUUCUGAAGUGCAAUACGCACAUUGACAGUGUUGUCAUUAAAAACACUUUGGAGAGUCGGGAGGAAGAAAUUGUGUUAGAAAAUGGGUCACAGCACUUGAUGCCAUACAGUUCAGUAUCGGAAUUUGUAAAAAAAGGUUCUGUACAACUAAUAUAAAAAAAGAAUUUACUCAUAUUUUUAUUAUUUACCAUAAUUUUUUUCUGUUCAUCUAUUAGUAUAGAGAUAAUACAAUAUAAUGAUGGUUAUUAUUA